GCUGUAGGCGCGGGCGAGUGUGUGUAUGUGUGUGUGUGUGUGUGUAUGUGUGUGUGUGUUGUCAGCUGACUGACAGCAUCUCUGGCAGCCGUGACAACACCGUGUGCUACCUGCUGACAGCUAGCUAGCAGCUCCUAGCCGACGCUUCACUGUCAGACCGGGGUGGGUUAUGUUUCCCGGAGCCAGAACCGUAGACGGAGGUUUGUGCACCACCAACCCAUGGCGGCCGAAAUUCAUCCCCAACCGCAGGCUCGGAAGCCAUGUCUGCUAAGCAAAAUCGAGGCUUUCCAAGAUGUUGUGACCACGGCGGUCAUCAUUCCCAAGGAAGACGGCGUAAUCAGCGUGUCUGAGGACAGGACGAUUCGGGUAUGGCUGAAGAGAGACAGCGGUCAGUACUGGCCCAGUGUCUACCACACAAUGUCAUCGCCCAGCUCCUGUAUGUCCUUUAACCCAGAGACCAGGAGGCUAUCCGUGGGGAUGGAUACUGGAAGCAUCUGUGAGUUCAUCCUGUCAGAAGACUACAAUAAGAUGACCCCAGCACGCACAUACCAGGCCCAUCAGGGCAGAGUGGCAGUGGUGCUGUUUGUGUUGGAGAUGGAGUGGCUUCUGAGCACCGGCCAGGACAAAAACUUCACGUGGCACUGCUCAGAGAGUGGCCAGCAGCUUGGGACGUAUCGCACUGCCGCCUGGGUUUCAGGACUACAGUUUGAUGUGGAGACCAGACACGCCUUCGUAGGGGACCAGUCUGGUCAGGUGACCAUCCUGAAGCUGGAGCAGGACAGCUGCAGCCUGGUCACCACCUUCAAGGGACACACUGGCAAUGUGACGGCGCUGUGUUGGGACCCGGUCCAGAGGGUGCUGUUCUCCGGCAGCUCAGACCACUCUAUCAUCAUGUGGGACAUCGGAGGGCGCAAAGGCACCGCCAUCGAACUGCAAGGACACAAUGAAAAGAUUCAGGGCUUGUGCUACGCCUCACACACUCGUCAGCUCAUCUCCUGCAGCUCAGAUGGAGGCAUCGUCAUCUGGAACAUGGAUGUAACACGACAAGAGACCCCAGAAUGGUUGGACAGUGACUCCUGUCAGAAGUGUGAGCAGCCUUUCUUCUGGAACUUCAAACAGAUGUGGGACAGUAAGAAGAUCGGCCUACGACAGCAUCACUGUAGGAAGUGUGGUCAGGCGGUGUGUGGCAAAUGUUCGUCCAAACGCUCCACCAUUCCCCUCAUGGGCUUCGAGUUUGAGGUGCGUGUGUGUGACAGCUGCCACGAGUCCAUCACUGACGAGGAUCGAGCGCCCACAGCCACCUUCCACGACAGCAAGCACAGCAUUGUUUACAUGCACUAUGAGCCCACCACUGGAAAUCUGCUCACCUCUGGCACUGACAAGGUUAUCAAGCUAUGGGACAUGAACCCUGUGGUGUCUUGAGGUCUGUGGGCGACAAGCAGUCAGCAGGGAAGCUCUGUUCACCAAACUGUGAUGGCGGUACUCACACUUGGAAGAGAAAGAGAGAAGCAUAUCCAACAAUAUCGAUGUCAUCUGGAUAAUAUUUAACAGUUAUUCAACAACAAGCAGUGGCUGUUGCACAUUCACAGUGAGGUAACUGCAGGCUAGUGAAGCCUGGGAACAGGUCAGGCAUUGGUUGACACAAGGUUACAGACGGUUGUGAGUGUUUGUUUGUGUGAAGGGUGCUGAUGGGUGGGAGAACUCUCUGUAUAUGUGUCUGUCCUGUAUGUGUGUGGGAGGGGUUGAGGCAUUUGACUUUGUAAGGAAUUUACACACCUUAUUUACUUAAUUUUCCAUGCAUUCCUGCCGAUUUCAUACUGGAAACUCACAAACCAGUAAGUGAAACAUUUCUGCUCUGUGUCAGCAGGUACUGUCAAACCCAAACCUCACAUUUUUAAGAUGUGAAGCAUGUCAUGUAACUGGACCAUAAAUCACUCUCAAACUCACUCAUUCGUGUUUAGAAGGCUGUAGAUUCUCCACAAGAGGAAGCUGUUUGAUCAUUGUCAGAUCAGUUUUACACCUGCCAACCUGCACCAUCUAUAGGAAAAGAAAGUAACAGCAGCAGCAGUUUAGACUUUCAGAUGUAGACAUGUUGAUGUUGCCCUCUAGAGGCAAAGAAAGUAGUAGCUGAAUCCUGCGCCACCAAAGCAACGAGUGUUUCAGCUGCAUUUUUGGUAUUCUAUAUGCUAUUUUCUUUGUGUUGUAUUACAUUUUACAUUUGAAACUUGACCACCUGUUUGCUAAAAUAACAAGUAAAAUUGUAACAUCAAUGUGUGACUACAAUUCAGCUUGUGAAUGUAAAACACCAAAUGUUAAUUUGACAAAACAGUUUAAUCUCAAAGUCCACUUACUCGCUUGUCCCACAGCUUUCGUCCGUAUCACAUGGUCGUCAUCAGCAGAUAAAGUUUGCUCUUAUCGGAUUUAUCCAGAAGUCUUGAAUGUGCUCACAAUAAUGGAAUAAAGUUUUUAAGGUCAAGAAUGAACUUUCAAACUCACCAAAUGUUAAGUUUUGAAGAUUUUGUUAAUUCAUUUUCUAAUCAUCGAUGAACCAGCCAUAACAUUGAACCUUUUUGGGCACAUGACAACGCUUAGACAAGUGAGCCUACACUCAGUUGCCAAUUAGUUAGUUACAUCUAGCUAAAACUAACCCAGUCUAAUACAAUAGUCCUGCAAUAAAUCCCACCUUUGUUUGUGGUGCUGUUGAAAGAGUUAUAUAUAAGUUAGGCUAAAUAACAGAAACACCUCUCUGUACAAUGUAAGGUCAACAGCACUACAAACUACAUCCCCCAAAAUGAUCAUACAGUUGAAUCAACACCUCUCUAAAACAUUUUGUUUUUAACUAAACAUUAUAACCUUUAUGAAGGUAGGAUUUAUUACAUUCUGUUGUAUUAGACUGCAUUAGUUUUAGCUAGGUCUACCUAAUAAACUGAGUGUAAGUGUUAAUUGUCUGAAGAAAAUCUGUACUCACCACAGACUUUUCUACCAAUAAACAACAGAUAUGUCAGUUAUUUCAAUAACAACCAAGUUUUAAAGUUGACAUUUUCAGCACCAAUUCUAGUUAGCAGGUGGCACUAGUGUCAACACUGUAGAAGCUGUUGCAGGCCUUGUCUGUAGAUGGUGCUCAUGAGCAUAUCUAAAGUCUAUCUGCAGCUCCUAAAUGCUAUUACUUUUCUUGCUAAUGGGUGGCACAGGUUGGAUUGAAACCGCAUGUCUGAAACGGUUGCAGCUGUAUGAUAUCGGCUGAUCCUGGUUUCAGGUGCUUCACAUCACUCACACUGUGUUCUUGUUAUCAUGUUCAAGAGGUAAAGAAAUCAUCUACUUUCUGAAUAUAUCAAACUGAUAUCAGUAUUAGUAGUAGUAACCAUUAGUAGUAACCAUGUGACAUUGAGGAAACUGUUCAUGCACGUCUCUGGAUGUUACCAAAUGAGUCUAUCUAUUUAGGCUGUUGUACCUCACGUCAACCACUAGAGGAGAUGACUUUUGAGACAAGUUAGGGAAGCAUUUUUAAUCUACACCUAUCCUGUUCAUCUAAAUUUAUAUCAGAGGGUUGUGGAAGGCCACAAAUGUAAAAAAAAAAUAAAAUAAAAUAAAAAAAGGGUAAUUUUGAAACUGUACUUUUGUUCCUACUGUACUCACAUUUGGCCAGGUUUGUACGCAUGUGGCCUCCAAACAAUAUCCACGUAGGUUUUUCUAGCUUAAGUAUGUGUGUUGAUGUUUGGCUGCUCGACCAAAUCACCUCUCUCGUAGAAGCCACUAAUGCUGAUGCACCCAGUCCACUGAGUGUUACAGAACAACCGGAUAUCAAGCAAACAUCUUAACCUCAUAAAGUUGGCUCAUUAUUAUAAACUUGUGCUCUGCAGCAAAACAAUGUUCAGACCCACAGAACUUCAUUUUAAAUUCUAGUAGAGAUUCUAAAGUUUCCAAAGACACAGGCUAAAAUUUGGGGAAAUGUGUAUAAAGUGAUUCCAUUUGAGGUAAAGGGGAAGCGAUAAAAACAUGGAGUCUUUCAUUUGAAUAUUACACUAAUUUUUCAUAUCUUCAUAUGGAAUAUAUCUGUGAUACUGUCAAACUCUGUGUGUUUUUUCUCUCUCAGUUUAAAGAAAAUUUAAGUUAGGCCAUUACAGAGGACAUUGAUUUUAUAGUAGACCCUUGUCAUGAUACUUUUAGGUACACACAGUGUUUGCCUAAGUCCACUGAAGUGCAGAGUACGCCUGUCAGGUUUUGUAAUCUGUAAAUUAACCAAUCAGACUGCUUGCUGAUCCUUGUAUGUUCUCUACUGUCGGCUGUUUUAUGAGAUUAUUUAUUAUUGUAAGUGUGGUCUUAAUGUUUCUAACAUGCAAAUGCACAUAUCAUCAAGCUUAUCAGAGACAGCACAAACAUAGCCUACAUGUAUCAGGACUUAAAGGAAACUAAUGAACAUGGUUGCUUUGAUUUUGUUCUCAUUGUUACUGUUUUUUUAAAGUCACUACUAUAUACCAGCUUUUAUGUCAGUGCACUGGAAUCACGAAGCAAAAAUAUGUCACAAAUUGCUGCUGUGAAGAGAAAAUAUGAAUUUUUUUGUGAUGAUCAUGUUUGUGCUUUAUUAAUGAUCAGAUGGUAACUAAGUUGAAUUCUUCUGAUGUUCAAACCCCACUGAAUAUUUUCCAAAGAUGUUUGAUAUUUAGAUUGAAAAUAAGGUUAUGUUAUCUAAAAGUAGAGAAAUAAAAAAUUGUAGGCUUGACUGUACAGUUUGUCUGCACUUUCAUAGCUACCCAUAAAGGUACAUUUACAGCAGCUCAUGAAUGUGAGCCUGUGGGUACUAAGACCUUCAACGACCAUGCCAGUGUUUUUCUGAGGUUCUGAGGCUUAACUACAAAUCAUGUAUAUUUCAUUUUUGUGCAGACCAGUUUCAAAUGCAUGGUGUACACUUUUAGGUUUGUAGGAUGUAUUUUUUCCAAUCUUUCCAAGAAGCUGUUGGUUUCCAACUAAUUGAUUGUCACUCUGUACUGAAAUUUAUAUAAAACGGUGGCUGCCUAGAAUAGUAGUAAAAAAACAACAACCCAAAAGCUAAAACACAGUAGCUUGUUUUGCAAAAUAGAUACAUGUGAUCAUGUAAAGUGCAUGUGAUUUAAAUGGGAAAAAAUGUGCAAAAUCACUGGUGUAGUCCUUUAAAUGUGAAAAAAACUUAGACUACACGGAAGAUACAAAGUUAUUAGAUAAACAAUACCUAAGCUUCUGUUGCAGUCAAAAUGAAUGACAGAUCAAAUUCAUCUGAGGCCAGUGGUCUAUUUUUCUGUUGCAGGAAAGAUAACGGACAUUGUUGUGUGUUUCAGUGUGUCCCUUAAUGUAACCAUUUAUGUAUAAAUGACAUUAAAAGAGCAGGUUCAUCUACUCUACCAA